UGGGCCUCGUCCACUUGGAGGGGCGUUGGGUUUCCUUGAGGACCGUGGUGAGGUUUUUGGAACAGUCAAGGGUCUCAAAUCUGCAACCAUGUCGGACGCGGUGAUUAGUUUCAUGAAGGACUUUUUGGCCGGUGGUGUCGCCGCUGCCAUCUCCAAAACAGCUGUCGCUCCCAUUGAGAGAGUCAAGUUGUUGCUGCAGGUCCAGCAUGCCAGCAAACAGAUCACCGCAGAGAUGCAGUACAAGGGAAUCAUUGACUGCGUGGUCAGGAUCCCAAAGGAACAGGGCUUCAUCUCCUUCUGGAGAGGCAACCUGGCCAACGUGAUCCGUUACUUCCCCACUCAAGCCCUCAACUUCGCCUUCAAAGACAAGUACAAGAAGAUCUUCCUCGGUGGUGUGGAUCCAAAAACGCAGUUCUGGCGCCACUUCGCUGGCAAUCUGGCCUCUGGCGGUGCCGCUGGUGCCACCUCCCUCUGCUUCGUGUAUCCUCUGGACUUCGCCAGGACAAGACUCGCUGCCGACAUCGGCAAAGGCGCGGCCGAGAGAGAGUUCACCGGUCUUGGAAACUGCCUCACCAAGAUCUUCAAAACCGACGGCAUCAAGGGUCUCUACCUCGGGUUCAACGUGUCAGUGCAGGGUAUCAUCAUCUACAGAGCGGCCUACUUCGGAUGCUUCGACACAGCUAAAGGUAUGCUGCCAGACCCCAAGAACACGCACAUCGUCGUCAGCUGGAUGAUCGCCCAGACUGUCACCGCCGCUGCUGGCAUCAUCUCGUACCCCUUCGACACAGUCAGACGUCGCAUGAUGAUGCAGUCUGGACGCAAAGGAGCUGACAUCAUGUACAAGGGCACAAUCGACUGCUGGAGGAAGAUCUUCAAGGACGAGGGAGCAAAGGCCUUCUUCAAGGGGGCCUGGUCCAACGUCAUCAGAGGCAUGGGCGGUGCCUUUGUGUUGGUGCUGUACGACGAGAUCAAGAAGUACACAUAAUAAACUUUCUCAUCUCACAGUCCCCGAAGGAAAGCCUUCACGUUGUUUAAGUCUUAAGUCAUGUGAUCGAGUGAUAACAGCUUGUGGUGUAUUAAAAUGUGGGCAUGCACCCCUCUGGUAGGAGCCGGGUCGCCAUGCCUCUUCAGAAAUCUGUAUAUAUCCCAUCUACGACGUGUCAAAAAAAAAAAAAAAAAGCCCAGCCAGUGUUGCAGUGAAGAUGUGAUGAUACAAAGGAUGACAUCACUACCCUUCAUAUGCUCUUCAUGUUAGAGUCAGUUUGUGAAGCAGUCGCUGAGGCCCAUGUGUUGUUAUGUUGUGACCACUCCUGACCCAUGUGUCCCACCUCGCACAUUAUUUUAUUAAGAAUAAAAAUACUUAUUAGUCUAUCA